AAUAUAACCUAAAAAAAUAUUGUAACUUUAAUGUCUUUACGUUAGUGAUUGUGUAAAAAUGAUAAUACGGCGGGAUAUAUGGCCAAAAUGUUUUAAAGAUGCCAUUGUUACUGGGUUCGUGUUAGUUAUAAUUCCGCUGAUUUAUUAUUUUGAACUGUUCGUGGUCAUGCCAAGGUAUUACAAACAAUGGAGUUUAGUAUACAAUUUCCACUUCCUCAUGGGCACUUUUAUUUUAUACAAUUUGUGUGGAAAUCUUGUAGCGAUUAUUAUGUGUGAUACAAGCAUAAAAGGAAGAGUUUUAAGCUCGGAACUUUUACCCAAUUGGAGGUUUUGCACCGUAUGUGAAACAGUAGCACCACCUAGGUCUUGGCAUUGCAACACAUGUAAUGUAUGUAUUUUGAAGAGAGACCAUCAUUGUAUGUUCACGAGUUGUUGUAUCGGACAUGAAAAUCAUCGCUUCUUUUUAGUGUUUGUGUUUUACAUGUUUGCAGCGACAGUGUAUGCCUCAUACUAUAAUAUUUCUUUCGUUUGGGACUAUUUAUCGUUCGGGUCGUGGACUUCGGUAUUUAAACUUAUACUUCCUUUAGCUACUUUAUUCCUAGAAUGGACUCAAAGUCAAUUAUAUAUAUUUUUUGUUAUAAUAGUUGUACUGGGAGGGGCCUUUACAGGUGGUCUUUUAUGGUUUCAUACUGACUUAAUGCUGAAAGGGCUUGUAACUCACGAGAGAGGUAAAAAGAGUAAAUAUGAUAAUGGACAAAAUUUGAAUAUACAAGUUGUGUUGGGUGAAAAAUGGUAUUUGGUUUGGUUAUCGCCUUGGAUCGAAAGCAAACUGCCUUGUGAUGGAAUUAACUGGGAUAACUUUGUAUCAGGAAAGAUAAAAUAAAUUACCCAUUAAUGUGUC